AUGGCUACCAAUGGACCGGCAAGUAUUCCACCGUCGGGUCCAUCGUUCCAAGAGACCAUUUUGCACAUCCUCAACAAUCAGAAUAAGCUGAUGUCACAGCUCUCGGACCAAAUCAACAUCAUCCAGAAUUCGGUCCGUGGCACUUCGAGGAAUGAGCUAGUGUUGGAUUCAUUGGCUAGUAACAUCACUGAGUUCGUAUACGAACCGGCGAAUCAGUGCACCUUCGACUCGUGGUUUUCUCGUUACGCGGAUCUCUUUGAGAAAGACGCGGCACAAUUGGACGAUGCCGCCAAAGUACGUCUUCUUCUUCGGAAACUCAACCCAGCGGCUCAUGAGCGCUACACGUCAUACAUCUUGCCGAAACUCUCCAAAGAGUUCUCCUUUGACGCAACUGUCACGAAGCUGAAAGCCAUCUUUGGAACACCAGUGUCUACUUUCCAUCGUCGAUAUCAGUGUUUACAAACAAUCAAAGACGAAAACGAAGACUUCAUCAGUUAUUCGUGCAAAGUGAAUCGUGCUUGUGUGGACUUUAAACUGCAAGAACUCAAAGAAGAUCAGUUUAAGUGCCUAAUUUUUGUGUGCGGGUUAAAAGCAGCAAAAGACUCUGAUAUUCGAAUGAGACUGUUGUCGGAGAUCAAUGAAACACAUGAUAUCACGUUGGAAAAAGUAGUGGAGGAGUGUAAAAGUGUUUUGAACCUGAAACAAGACACAGUGCUAAUUGGAAAUCAGCCAUCCACCUCCACCUGUGCAUCGCAAGCUGUUCGGACGGACCAUCAGCAGCCGAAAAGUCGGAAAUUCGACGAGCGAAUUCCCAGUGGCAAUCCGAAAUCACCGUGCUGGGCUUGCGGCGGGAUGCAUUUUUCCAACGAGUGCAAUUUCAAAGUGCAUAAGUGUCGGGAGUGCAACAAAGUAGGCCACCGUGAGGGUUACUCCGCCUGCUUCUCAUCGAAAGCCCGACCGAAGCAACACAACAACAAACAACGUUUCAGCAAAAGUGAAAAGCGUUACAACAAAAGUGUUUCUGUUGGAAGCGUAACACACGGACGUCGUUACACACAAGUGGAAAUCAAUGGGGUUCCAAUUCAGCUCCAGCUCGAUUCAGGUUCCGACAUAACAAUAGUUUCGGAAGCGAAUUGGGCCAAAGUCGGGUGUCCCCCUACAACCCCACCUGAUUGGGCAGCCAAAACAGCAUCCGGAAGCAAGCUAAAUUUAACAGCUAUGUUUUCGGCAACCAUCAGCAUUGGCGGCGUGAAGAAGCGGGGUAAGUGCUACAUGAGUGGAGCUAAGCUCAAUCUGAAUGUGUUGGGGUCAGAUGCUAUGGAUCAGUUCGGCCUUUGGGAUGUUCCGCUGUCAUCCAUCUGCAAUCUAGUGAACAGCCAAGAAGAAGACAGUGACAUCGCUGAACUCAAAUCAGCUUUCCCUGAUGUGUUUUCCAAACGUAUGGGACUUUGCCAGAAAACACAAGUGCAUCUUACCCUGAAACCUGAUGUCAAGCCCGUGUUCAAACCGAAAAGGCCUGUUGCAUAUAGCAUGGAAGAAGUAGUGGAAAAUGAACUUCAACGUCUCCAGGAUCUGGGAAUCAUUACCCCUGUUUCCUACGCCGAUUGGGCUGCGCCCAUUGUUGUUGUUCGAAAACCGAAUCGCUCAAUUCGGAUUUGUGCUGAUUUUUCCACCGGUCUUAACAAUGCACUAGAGCCCAAUAGCCACCCACUACCAUUACCCGAGGACAUCUUCGCCCGAAUGGCAAAUUGCACCAUCUUCGGGCACAUCUAUUUGUCCGACGCAUACCUUCAGGUGGAGGUGGAUGAAGAAAGCCGGAAGCUGCUUGUCAUCAACACCCACAAAGGACUGUUCCGGUUCAACCGCCUUUCUCCGGGAAUAAGAACUACUCCCGGUCAAAUCCAGCAUCUUAUGGACGCCAUGCUCAGUGGUCUGCAGCACACCUGUCCGUAUCUCGAUGACAUCGUGAUUGGCGGACGUAAUCGGAAGGAGCUGAAACAGAAAAUCUCCUUGGUUCUGCAAAGGUUGCAGGAGUACGGAUUUACGGUGAAGAUAGAAAAGUGUCGGUUUUUCAUGAGUCAGAUUCGAUAUCUGGGUCAGCUUCUGGAUGCCGAAGGAAUUCGACCGGACCCGGACAAAAUUUCUGCGAUCACCAACAUGCUCCCUCCUCACGACGUCCCCACUCUCAGGUCUUACCUGGGAGCAAUUAAUUACUAUGGGAAAUUCAUCCGGGAAAUGCGCACAUUACGUCAGCCGUUAGACGACCUGCUCAAGAAAGGUACAUCGUUUCGAUGGUCGGAGGAAUGUCAGCGCUCCUUCGAUCGUUUUAAGGUUAUCCUUCAGUCCCCACUCUUGCUCACCCAUUACAAUCCGGCCAUGGAUAUUGUGGUUUCCGCAGACGCUUCGAAUGUGGGCAUUGGAGCUCGGAUUGCGCAUAGAUUUCCUGAUGGUUCCGAGAAAGCAAUCUACCACGCUUCUCGAAGUUUAACUCCCGCUGAAACAGCGUAUGGCCAGAUUGAAAAAGAGGCUUUGGCCCUGGUUUACGCUGUUACUAAGUUCCACCGUAUGAUUUAUGGAAGACAUUUUAUUCUUCAAACGGACCAUAAACCGCUUUUAGCGAUUUUUGGGUCCAAGCAAGGCAUCCCGGCUUAUACCGCCAACCGUUUGCAACGGUGGGCCCUUACAAUGUUGCUGUACGAUUUUAAAAUUGAGCAUGUUUCUACUGACCAUUUCGGGCAUGCUGACAUUUUAUCUCGCUUGAUUAAUAACCAUGUUAAACCUGACGAAGAUUUUGUGAUUGCCUCUAUACAGCUAGAAACGUCUAUCUUCACAAUCGUGGAUCAGUCGGUUGAGUUUCUGCCGGUCACAUACCGAGUGAUUGCCAAAGAGACUGAAAACGACCCGACUCUACAGAAGGUGCGGCAACAUAUCCUCAAAGGCUGGCCGGAAAACAAAAAUAACAUCAACUCCGAACUUCAACCUUUCUACGUUCGGCGUGACUCUUUUUCCAUUGUUCAACGUUGCCUCAUGUACGGAGAAAGAAUAGUGAUCCCUAAGACGCUCCAGCAGCGUGUGUUGAGCCAGCUUCAUAAGGGUCACCCAGGAAUCGAUCGUACUCGGUCCAUUGCUCGAAAUUACGUGUACUGGCCGAACAUCGAUGACGACAUCACCAACCUAGUACGCGCUUGCAAGGAUUGCGCGUCAGUGGCCAAAACUGAUAAGAAAACAUCGCUCAAAUCUUGGCCAAUUCCGGAAAAACCCUGGCAGAAAGUACACGUAGACUUUGCAGGCCCCGUCGAUAGUACUUACUUCCUAGUGCUUGUCGACUCUCUUUCCAAGUGGCCCGAGGUGGUAGUAACCAAGCGGAUUACAACAACGGCCACAAUUGAAAUUCUUCGCAACAUCUUCUCCCGGUUUGGCAUGCCGGAAGUGCUGGUGUCAGACAAUGGCACACAAUUCACCAGUGAGCUGUUUGAAAAGUUCUGCGAUACAAAUGGCAUCCUACAUCUCAAGACGGCUCCCUACCACCCGCAAAGCAACGGACAAGCCGAAAGGUUUGUCGACACGUUUAAAUGCACCGUGAAGAAAAUUCGAGCAGGAGGGGAAGGACUUCAAGAAGCUAUCGACACCUUUCUGCUCUGCUAUCGAGCGACACCUUGCCGGAGUGCUCCCAACGCAAAAUCACCUGCCGAAAUACUACUGGGCAAGCGUCUCAGAACAUCGUUGGAGUUAGUUCUUCCGCCCAGUACUUUUGGCGAAAGCAACUUCAAGCAAAAUCUGUAG